GUUUGCAUGCGUCUCCGUUCGUGGGUGAAAGUCCACAAUAGUAAGCCGCUGCGAUUUGUGGCACUCAGCACUCGGUACUCGUGCAACGUGUUGUUAGCAGCGUGCCGUAUCCGUCGGUCUUUGUGAGUCACCCACACAGCGCCGCUAGACGCUAGAAAAAAGCCGGGAAAUAUUGUUGUUUAUAUAUGCGCUGUCCAGUGUUAUGGUCAAGCGGCACUUGAAAGUUUUUUUGUGGGAAUAUGUGCGAUUUUGUGAAAAUUGAGUUGCCCAAAUGCCGCUGUGAAAUGCCAAAGGCAAACAAAGGCUCUUCAGAUUGUCAUGGCGUCUUUUCGGGACCGUAGACAAGCAAACAAUACAGACCGAAUCCAAACACAAGUGCGUCUCUAAAUUAAGCCCCCUUCAAAUGGGCACUUUGGCUACAUAAUAGACCUUUGUGUGAGCCCGUGUGUGUGUGUGUGCGGACUAUCAGCUAGAUUGCAGCAUGGAUGCUCUAAAAGCAGAAAAAUGCCAAGCCCAAUACCGUUGGCAUUAUGUUCUAAUGGAAAAUCUCUAAUCGGCCAGAAGCCCAACAGCAACAGCAACAGCAACAACAACAACACGCGCUACAAUAAAUUACAGAGUUGAGCGUACCCUGCCACGCCCACUGGCUGGGUGGGGUGCAUGGUAAGGCGCUCAACGGCGCCCCACAUAGCGCAACAGCAAUAACACUAACGUUAACGGCUCAAUUCGUCAUACACCCAGGACGCCAUCUAUUGGCAAGUAGCAGAAGUUCGCACCCAAGUCGUCCUCGCCGGCGACAAUGGCCCGCAGGAAGCGCACAAGAAGGAAAAUGCCAACGAAUCGAAAGCGGAAGAAGACAGUUGGCAUGUCAGGAACAGCAGCAGCAGCAUCAUCCGCAUCAGCAUCUGGCCACGAAUCAGUAGUCAAGUGGAAGAUUAUGAUAUCAUCAAUAAUAUUUCUGCUAUUCUGCUGCACAAGUCACGUGCUGGCGGUGCGCAGGGGUCGCCUGAUGUCCCCGAGCACAUUCACUGCACUCAGCGGCGACCUGCAUGUGCAGAUCCAGUUCAGCGGCGACGAGGAGCAGCAACAGCCGCAGCAGCAGCACAGCUCAGGAUUUGGCGUGGGCGUGAGCCAGAGCGAGGCGGAGGGCAUGGUGAACACCAUAAUGAGCACUUUAGUCAUUAGCAAAAUCGUUAAUGAUGCUGCCCCAGCUGAGGGGCAGAUUGACAGCGGGACGAGCGGCAGCAGCCAAUUGGUGCUGCAGCGCCGGCGCAAGGAGAUUGUGCAAAAUAUACCCGUCUUUCCGGAUCCCAGGCAGAACAUCACCCAGGUGACGGUGCCGUGCCAGACGUUUGCGCGCGGCGGCGGCCUGUACGAGAUGCAGGUGGUCAGAAAUCUGAAGACGACGGUCAAUCGCAGCGAUCCGACUCCAUUGACGACGACAACCCUGAUGCCGGCGCAGGACGAGCGGCUGCUGCAAACACUGGACGUGCGGUGGCCCAGUGCCGAGAUGCUGGUCAGCCCCGUGACGCUGCGCACCUAUCCCAAGGCGCCUGUCCAGGUCACGCUGCGCUUUCCGGAGGUCAACUGCGAGCGGGCGCUGCACGGAGCCGAGCCCUCGCUGCCAGAUUUCUGGCUGGAGCUGAUCUACUGUGGCAAGGAGCGCACCUGCUCCUACGAUAUGGCCAAUGUCUCCAAGUCGAGCGUGCUCUUUGCGGAGCAGGUGCACGGCUUUCCCAAGCUGAAGAAGGUGCAGCUGGGCUGCGAGCUGUUCGGCCUGGCUGGCAACUAUGCCGUCCAGCUGCGUCCCAUGGUGCCGGCGUUGAAUGUGCCCACCACGCGGCGUAUGCUCAGCGUGGACUGGAGCGACGAGUUCGUCUUCAAUGUCUACGCGCGCAGCAUCUUUCCCUGCGAUCCACACACGGGCGUGGGCGUCCUCUACGAGUAUCCCGGCUGCAUCUUGGAGCAGGGUGAUCGAGUGCGUCUCUAUGCCAAGCUGCGCGCAGAUGUGGCCUCGCUCAAGCCGCCCACCUCGCUGCACUACGUCGCCGAGCAGCGGGUCGUCAAGAGCCAGCACUCACUGUACUUCAGCUGCGAGCUCUUCUCGGAGAAGUACGUGGAGUACUGCUUCGUCUAUGUCAGCCAGGCCAUCUCCGGCGCCGUUGCGGAUGUGCGCAUGGACUGUGUGCCCACGCUACCUGUCAGCGAAUCCGACACGGGCGGCUGGGGCGCCUGGAGUGAGUGGACGCCGUGCUCCACCAACUGCCUGGGCGGCACUCGCAAUCGCUAUCGAUUCUGCGACUCGCCCCCGCCGCGUUACGGCGCCAAGUUCUGCGAGGGCGCAUCUGUGCAAACGGAGAAGUGCAAUAAGAGCAUUGCGGAUACUUGGGAUUGCAUCUAUGAGACAAGCGGCAGCAUUUUGACCAAGUCGAAUGUCACCGAGGUUCAUCAGGAGAUUGGUCCCGGCUGCCGCUGUGGCUGCAUUGUGCACCUGGGCGCAUCCAAGCCAAAGCGAAUCAUUGCUGGAGCCACGCAAAGCUGUCCUGGCCGCUCCUUCUGGCUAAUUCAGGUUGAUGGCGAGGAAAACAUUUCAAUGCAACUCAGUUUUUUGAGGCUGCCUUGCUCCGCGCAGUAUAUAAAGGUGCGCGACGGGCCGUCGCUGUCAUCCACUUUGUUGGUGGAGCUCAAUGGAGAUGGCGCCACAGCGGGCGGCAUCCGGCGUCCCUCUGCUGACGACGCCAAUCAUGUUGGCAUUCCGUUAACAGUUGAGUCGAGCGGAGCACAGCUGCUGGUGGAAUUAUUUUCGGGCGACGUGACAGCAAACGGAACAUCAAUUGGGGGCUACGAUGCUGCAUCUUGUACCGGAGGUUUCAUGGCCAACGUCAAGCCCUUAGUGGGCAAAAGUGGUAGUAAUAUCACCACAGUUCUGGCCGCCACACGCCUGUCGGCCAAAGGUCGCACGAAUUCGCAGAAAAAAUCACUGGCCAAGAUGCGCUUCACUCUAGUUCAUCUAAGCGCCAUGGUAUUCGCUACUAUUAUAAUCAUAAUAAGCGCGCUUUUAGGUGCUCAAUAUGUAGUGCGGUAUCGAAAAUAUCAUUUGGCCGUGGCACGUCGGCAGGAUGAAGGCUCGCACCUGCACACGCCACGAGCAUCGUUAAGCUCGCUGCACGACCCGCCAUCACGUGCCAUUUCAACGACCACCCUGCUCUCCGAGGUGAUUUAUCUUGUGAAAUUGCGGCCCAAACAUCAACUGCGGCACUCCAUACUGCGUGAAAGCGCUGAUGUCGAGAACGUGACCCAUGAAACCGAGUUCAAAGAGGACGAGCAAAUGGUGAAGAGCGAGGAAGUGCCGGCAACAUUUGGUAGCACUGCUUCCUUGAUGACUUUGCGCAAUGAACACGCCUCGUUAACGUCCUUGUCGCCGGCGACCGACAGUCGCAGUCCAGUUGGCUCGCCGCUAUCUGGCGAUCCGGAACUGCAGCUGCAACGCCUGGAUGGAGUGGAGAAAUCCACCACAACGCACACAGGUGGAGAGCCUUUGAGUUGCAAGGAUAGUGCCAAGGACUCGGAGUCCAUUAUAUCGUCAGGCAUGAGUUCCUUGUGCAAUAGCCCACCUCUGAACAGCCACAGGCUCAGCAAGUACUCCGAUCGCUAUGACGCAGUUACUCUGAAGCUGCUCAGCUCCCGCCUGGACGAGAGUCUGCGUGAUGCUGCCUCUCUGAACUCGAAUUCCGGCUCGCUGUGCCUGGGUCGCAUGGGAUCACGCAGUGUUAGCGCCUCCCUAACCAAUGGCUGCUACUCUCCGGCAGCGAGCGUGGUCAGCACGGCCACCAUACGCACAACUAGCAAUCCGAAAGAGUCCAAGGAGAAGCAGAACCGCAAGAAGCUCUUGGCGCGACCUGGCUCUGAGUUCUCGCUGGGCAAUCAAGAGGAGCUUGAGAUGGACUACUAUGAUUACAAUGUAAUCAAUGCGGGUGCUGCACCCGGCUCUUACCUAGGCAUGGAUCCAGCCUACUGCAUUUGGAUACCUCCGUUUGAGGAGACGCCUGAGCGAGAGGAUGAGGACAAAACACCCGAACCAACGUCAAUUCCCGAUGAAACGAAUCCAACUUUUGAUGAAAUACAAAUGCCCAAAUAUGGUCACUACCUAUGUCCGGGCAGCAAGUCCACAACGACAGACAACACGCCCAGCUCAGAGGAACGUUCCCUGCCCAGCAGCCAGCAUCAGUCCAAGGCCACCUCACCCAACGAAACGUCCCAGAGGAGCACGCCAACCAAGCAGCCAACUCCAUAUAUGUCUCGCAAGCAGCGCCGCCAGGCCAGGCAGCAAUUCCGUCUGAAUGCAGCGAACUCUGGCAAUGAAUCUGACUCUGGAACACUGCGGCCCAGGCAAACCGACAAGCCAGAGGCUGAAAUAGCUCCAGUACAUCAGAGCAUAAGCAAGGCGGAAACCCACAUGGACUCUGACCAGUCAAUGACCGGUUCAUACGUGGAAAAGGAGACGCUUGUGGAGAAGUCGUCCCGUGAUCUGCAGGAGUACCUACAUCUGGAUGACAUCCAAUUCGCCGACGAAAGCGGCAGUGAUUACGAGGCAGCCCAUCUGAAGAAUAAGGCCGCAACCAAAACCCUACUGGAGAAUGCAAAUCGAACAAAGUCGAGAGAGGCUGCCGUAUAAGGAGUGGCCGCUUAGUGUGUACAUAGAUCGGGCGAGAGCCCUUAAGAUAGUAUAUGUUACGGGUAGAUACAUAUAUCAGCAGUACGAGCAUAAGACCACCAAUAGGUUAGUUGGAAGUGUUGACUUAAAGAUAAUAGACUUAGGCAGUGUAGCAAACGACUUCAAUUAUUAUAUAGGUUCGAGUACAGC